UAGUGCGCGGAGCUGCGGUGGCCGAGCAGGGUGGCGGAGCUGCACGGCCGGGAACCCGGCGGAGAGGCGGCUGGGCGGCGACGCGCGGGGGCCGGCCGGCGGCCGCGGGAGUCGGGGGAGGCCAACCGAGCCGUGGGGUCGUAGCCGCCCUGACCGCGGGGUGCCGCCGCCGCAGCUCCUGCAGUCGCGAGCGCGCCGGGGACUGCGCGCGGCCGAGGGCGCGCGGGCGGGGGCGCGCAGGCCCUGCCCGCCCCUUCCGUCCCCACCCUCCUCCGCCCCUUCCUCUCCGCAUCUUCCUCUCGCCUCCCGCGCCCGGGCACCGGGCGCCCACCCUGUCCUCCUCCUGCAGGAGCGCUGUCCGCGUUGGCGGCCGGAGCGGGCCGGGCCGGGCCAGCGGGCCAGGGGAUGGCGCUGCUGGACCUGGCCCUGGAGGGAAUGGCCGUGUUCGGGUUCGCCCUCUUCUUGGUGCUGUGGUUGAUGCAUUUCAUGGCCAUCAUCUACACCCGAUUACACCUCAACAAGAAGGCAACCGACAAACAGCCAUAUAGCAAGCUCCCGGGUGUGUCUCUUCUGAAACCGCUGAAAGGGGUAGAUCCUAAUUUAAUUAACAACUUGGAAACCUUCUUUGAAUUGGAUUAUCCCAAAUACGAGGUACUCCUUUGUGUACAAGAUCAUGAUGAUCCAGCCAUUGAUGUAUGUAAGAAGCUUCUUGGAAAAUAUCCAAAUGUCGAUGCCAGACUGUUUAUAGGUGGCAAAAAGGUUGGCAUUAAUCCUAAAAUUAAUAAUUUAAUGCCAGGAUAUGAAGUUGCGAAGUACGAUCUUAUAUGGAUUUGUGAUAGUGGAAUAAGAGUAAUUCCAGACACACUUACUGACAUGGUUAAUCAAAUGACAGAAAAAGUAGGCUUGGUUCAUGGGCUGCCUUACGUAGCAGACAGACAGGGCUUUGCUGCCACAUUAGAACAGGUAUAUUUUGGAACUUCACACCCAAGGUACUAUAUCUCUGCCAACGUAACUGGUUUCAAAUGUGUAACAGGAAUGUCUUGUUUAAUGAGAAAGGAUGUGUUAGAUCAAGCAGGAGGACUCAUAGCUUUUGCGCAAUAUAUUGCUGAAGAUUACUUUAUGGCCAAAGCUAUAGCUGACCGAGGUUGGAGGUUUGCAAUGUCCACCCAAGUUGCAAUGCAAAACUCUGGCUCCUAUUCAAUAUCUCAGUUUCAAUCCCGAAUGAUCAGGUGGACCAAAUUGAGAAUUAACAUGCUUCCUCUUACGAUAAUUUGUGAGCCAAUUUCAGAGUGCUUUGUUGCCAGUUUAAUUAUUGGAUGGGCAGCGCACCACGUGUUCAGAUGGGAUAUUAUGGUAUUUUUCAUGUGUCAUUGCCUGGCGUGGUUUAUAUUUGACUACAUUCAACUCAGGGGUGUCCAGGGUGGCACACUGUGUUUUUCAAAACUUGAUUAUGCUGUUGCUUGGUUCAUCCGAGAAUCCAUGACAAUAUACAUUUUUUUGUCGGCAUUAUGGGACCCUACGAUAAGCUGGAGAACUGGUCGCUACAGAUUGCGCUGUGGGGGUACAGCAGAGGAAAUCCUAGAUGUAUAACUACAGCCUUGUGACUGUAUAUAAAGGAAGAAAGAGAAGUAUUAUAAAUUAUGUUUAUAUAAAUGCUUUUAAAGAUCUACCUUCAUUAGUUUUAUCACAUGUAUGUUUUGGUAUCUGUUCUUUAAUUUAUUUUUGCAUGGCACUUGCGUCUGUGAAAAAAAAAACAACACAUCUGUAGUCUUGGCCAAAUGAUACACUUUAUUUUGUGGAAAUAGAAAAAAAUCAAGAGAACUGGUUCCAGGAACCUGGGUUUGUUUUAUGUUGCUGUUUAUUUUUUUAAAAUAGAUAAAUAAAUGCAUAUAUAUAUGAACACUCUGCAACAAACACUAUGACAGUAUCUUUCAGUAGAGAAAGUUUCUUAUUUGUGAGUACACUCUUUGAGGAUGUUUGUGGGUGGGAUGGCAUCAGCUUUGGGGAUUUAGAAAAGACUGGAAAGUAAUGACUAUUCAUGUCCAGUGUGAAUGGUAUUUAUUAUGCAGUUGAACAACCCACAGCAAGGUACUAAGAAACUUUUUCAUGCUUUAUGCCUACCUCUUAUAGUUGUUGCAGAGCAAAUAUAAAUUGUGAUAAGGUAGCUAGGCCUUGCAGAAACAAACGGGAAAAAACUUUUAAAAACAAUAAUAAUAAAAAGAGCUAGAGUCUAGUAUUUAUAUGAAUCUGUAAGUGAUAUUUUUUUGGUCUUACUGCAAUGAACCAAAAGUGGCUGAGUUUGGUUUUUAAUUGUAGCCAUGUAUCGAAGGCAUCUUUUUGACCAACUCUAGUUGGUUCUGUCUUGAACCAUUGUUAAUCACUGUGCUGUAAUUAGUAUAGCUAAAUCUUUUCCUUCCCUGCUCCUUACCCAACCCACCCCAUAUUCUCCCUUUUUUCCGGGGGCGGGGCGGGCGGGGAGUGGUUUUGUUUUAGUGUGAGUGGAUGUUUUGAUAGUUGUAAGGAAAAAUGCAUUUCAGACACAUUUCACAUGAGCUAUUUUCUUACACAGUAUGUCUUAUUGUUAAUAAGAAUGUAAUUUCAUGAUACAGGUAUUUAAUAUCUUUUUUAAGUAAGUAAAUAUUCUAGCCAUCAAUAAAUAAAUUGCAGUAGAGUAUUAA